AUGAGCAAGAAACCUUCAGGCGCUGAGUACAGAAAACGAAAGGCUGACAGAGAUAGAGAAGAACAAAAACAGGUUGGCUCUUUUUUAAAGUAUUUGAGACCAGAGCAAGAGUCGAUUUCUUCGUAUGCCAAUGAAAUUGACAAUGAAGAGACAGAUGAUGUUCGUAUAACAAUGACUGAGAUUGAACAGCCCGAACAUAAUGAAGAUUUAACUGAAACAAUAAUCAAAAGUACAGAGACUGAAAUGCCCGUGAUAAAUAAAACAUCAGAAAAUCAUCAUGAAAAUUAUUUGGAUUGCCAAGUUGCUGUACAAAAAAAUGAAUUAAAAGUCUCUAGUUUAAACGACAUAAGUACCUGGUCAAUACCUUUAGAGGCUACAUUAAUUACAGAAUUGGUUAUGAAAGAUCCAAUUCAAAAUAAGGAAGGAUCUUUCGCUGUAAUGACGAGAAGAGGUGCAGAGACCAAAGGUGAAAUAAGGACCAUGUCUAGUGCAUGGUUCUAUCGACAACUCGAUAAUGGUGAAAAAGUGCUUAGAACAUGGAUGGUAUAUUCUACUGUUAAUAAAUCUUUAUAUUGCUUUUGCUGUCGGUUAUUUACUUCUAAAGAUUUGAAACAUACACAAAGCACUUUCGCAAAAAAUGGCUUUCGACAAUGGUGGAAACUUAAUCCAAAGGUAAAACAACAUGAAAAUUCUUCCAUCCAUGUUGCAUCUUUUGGAAAGAAAUGGAAAUGA